AUGGGCGCAGGUCAAUCCAAACCCGACGAAUCCACCAAACAUGUCUUUGCCAGCGACACGCCCAUCCAGUUCUCCCAAGAGUUGAUUGAUUCUCUCCAAGCAUCUUCAGAAACAAAUUCCACCCGGGCGAAGGCUCUGGAGCUUCACAUCGCACAGCGCGUGGCCGAAGAGCUAGAGAAGGUUCGAAAGCACGAAACAUCGAUUCUCGAAGAAGCCCGGAAGAAGAUCGCAGAGGGAGACGACAAUAGCUCGUCGAAAUCCUCUGGCUCCCUACUCCAACUGCCAUCGUUGUCGCCGAGAGACUUGCUGAACUCUGAGAACGAGGAAGAGAAGCGGCGGAAGGCCCAGAGCUCGCAGAAGGUGCAGGAAGAAAUAGAGAAGCUGAAACAAACGUUGGGCCAGAGAAAAGUCCUCAAGGAGCUGCCGAAAGAAGUGGAAUCAGCGAGACAAGAUGUUAUCAACUGCUUAAGAAUAAACGAUAGAAAACCGCUCGACUGCUGGAAGGAGGUGGAAAUCUUUAAGCGCGAAGUGCGGAAAAUGGAGGAGAACUAUGUCCAGUCUGUUCUAUGA